UGGUCCCGUAGCAAAUCUCGUUUUAUUUAGCCUUUCUCUUUUUCUCAUUCCACCUGUUACUUUCCAUUUCUCCACUCGCGGAAUCGGAAAAAUCUCCUCGUCAGCCUCCCAUUCACCGACAUUCGAUGUCAAAAGCUCUCUCUUUAGAUAUUCUUGGAGCUAAUUAUUUACAUUUUCUCUCCUUUUCCGUCCUUAUUUUUUCAAUUCUACAAAUGUGCUCAUCAUCUACAGCUGAUAGUGAUCGCUACCCACUUUCACCUUCACCGCCCACACCAAUUCUUGAAAGGCACCUUUUAACCCUUUCCGCCGGCCCCCUUUUGUCCAGUCCUCACGUUGCACGCCAAGUGUUUGCUCUAUUGCCUGAAAGAAACAAGCUUCAAAAUUAUCUACUGACUGUGGAUUUUGACGAGUUAGGGAUGAUUCUGUUGCUAUGGCCAGCCAUUGAUUUUGUUGCUUCAGUCUCCAGGAGGAGAGAUCCGUUAUCACAAAUUUUCCACGCCCAACGAAUUAUAUUGGCUUAUGAUCGGUCAAGGCCAUUCUUUUAUGCUUACUUCGCCAUCAAGAUGUUCACUGGGAUGUUUUGUGAUGGCAGCAUGCAGUGCCUUUCUCUAGCUUAUGUGGCAGACAAAGUGGCCGAGAGCCGAAGAGCUACUGCAUUUGGUGUUCUUGGUGGCAUCUCUGCUGCUGGGUUCGUCUCUGGGACCCUCGCUGCACGCUUUCUCCCGACCUCCUACACCUUCCAGGUCUCUGCUGCAGUGGCAGUUCUUGCAACUGUGUACAUGAGAUUAUUCCUGGUUGAAACAGACAGCAAAGGAGAUCUAGUUUAUGAAUGCUCUCAGCCCCUAUGCCCAGCUUCUUCCUCUGAGGCUGAUUCGAGUUCUCCCAAGUUGCUGCCUAUCAAGAAGGUUCCCUCGCUUCGCGAUAUGAUUUGCCUUCUCAGGAGCAGCUUGGUCUUAUUGCGAGCAGCACUUGUUACAUUUUUUGUCAGUUUUGGUGAUAGUGGCCUCCAAGCUGCAUUACUGUACUUUUUGAAAGCAAAGUUCCAGUUUAGCAAGGACCAAUUUGCCGACUUGUUGCUGAUAAUUGGGAUUGCAGGGGCAUUCUCACAGCUGUUUCUGAUGCUCCCGUUAACACGUAUUAUAGGGGAGGAGAAACUACUUAGCAUUGGACUCUUAGCAAGCUGUGCCUAUGUAUUUCUUUGUAGUGUUGCGUGGGCCUCUUGGGUUCCUUAUCUAGCUUCACUAUUCGUAGUCAUGAGUAUUUUUGUUCAUCCAUGUAUAAGAAGCACAGUGUCCCAAAAAGUUGGACCGUUUGAGCAGGGAAUGGCUCAAGGAUGCAUGACGGGCAUAAAUUCAUUUGCUAGUAUCAUAUCUCCAUUCGUUUUCUCUCCUCUAACUGCUUUGUUCCUGUCCGAAGGCGCACCAUUUAAUUUCAAAGGUUUCAGUAUAAUGUGCUGUGGGUUCUCAUCGCUCACAGCCUUUACACUGUUCAUCACCAUGAGGGAAACUCAUCCAGUUUUAAGCAAGAAUACUAGACAGCAGCAGGUCUAGAUAUUUCCAAGCUGUUUAUUUUCUUCACGAUGUGUAUAUAAAACCAGUAAGCUAAUCCAACCUGCUUUUUGAAAGGAUUGUAGCCCUAAGACUAAUGGAUUGUGGUGCAUAAUAUAUGUUAUUGGUUGUACUAUGAUCGGUGUUUAGAAAGCCAAGCUACUGAAAGGAAAGGCCACAGGUUGUAGGAAAUGAUUGCAUUGUAAAAAUCCGAAGCAAAAAUGGACAUUCGUGUAAUUCUUUUCCAGCACUUCAGUAUAUUUAAAUAUAUUGUGGUUAAAUGUCUUGAGAUCUUGACCUUGUU